UCUCGAUUCUUCCUCAUUUUUCAGAGCCGCCGUCGCUUCUUCAUCUUGGACAGUUGAAUCGAUGGCUAACGAUGAUGCUCUGAGGACAGCUAUAGUGUGGUUAUCGCUGAUUAUAGUUUUAGUUGGGGUAUUCACGUUAUCUUUGAAGAAGAUGAUGAUAACUUACGCCUUUGGAAUGAUCGGGAUCAGUGGUAUACUCUUGCCGGACUGGGAUUUCUUCGAUCGUAAUUUUUCCCGGUGGUGUUAUCCGGUGACCGCCGACGAAAGAGCUGCUCUUCAAGCUCAAAGAACCGGAUUCAAAAGGUAUAGGAUCUACCCUAUAAGAGUGAUUGUUUAUACAAUAAUUUAUAGCAUCGGACUCUACAAAUGGUGGAUUUUUGUGUCGAAUUAAAUCAAGAAACUCUAUAA